GCGACUUGCAAACAUGUGCACUGCAGCAACACGAGAUUGAACAUAUGAUUUCAUUUGUGUAUUGCUCAUUCUUGGCAGAGUUUUUCUUAUCUACUUUGAGAGAUUUUUUAAUAAUAAUAGCCCGUGGGGUCGAUAAACUGCCAAUGCUGCUAAAAAAGAAGCACUAUUUAGCUAGAAGCUAAGUGGCUAAUUUAAUCGACCGUUGGAGACAGGGGCUUUAGCUUUGAAAAAUUUGUUAGCGCAGUCAGGCACAUAGACUGCAGAGAUGAAGGCCAAGAAAAAGAAGAGACAGGAUGAUUUCCAGAAGGUGAAGUUAAAGGUGGGAAAGAGAAAGCCCAGAGCUGAUAAUGCCACCAACACCAGCUUUCGCACAAAGGGAAUCGUCCUACCCGAACAGCUGACAAGAGACACGAGUGGCCCCACCACACACAGACGGCUUGGAAUAAAUGACCUCCUGUCUCAGCUCCACCACUACAAUGCCAAUGUGAAACAUAGUGCCUUGCUGGGUUUGAGAGAGUUGCUGUCCCUUAAUCCAUCACUGUUAGAGCAACAUCUGUCUCGUCUGAUCUCUGAAGUGGGAGCUGUUUUCACGGAUAAGGAUGCCAAUGUUCGCGUGGCAUCUACACGCGUGCUCAGGUUCAUUGCACAGUCUGUGCCUGCAGAUCGAGUGGCUCCGUUUUUCCCUCUCCUCAGUGCCCACCUGUCGUGCGCUAUGACCCACAUUGAAACAGGCAUUCAGGAGGAUGCCAUGAAUGUCCUUGAUGUGUUGCUGGAGCACUACCCGGCUCUGCUGGCAUCUCGGCCUGCCAUACUCCUUACUAAUUUCCUAGAGCUGAUCUCUCACAGACAAAACAGUGGCAGUGUCAAAAAGGCCCAUGACGCCAAGGGGCGAACCUGGGCUCUGUCAGUCUGUCCUAACAGGGCUGUGACCAGCCAACAGUGGCGACUCUCUGUACUCCUUAGACUUGGACGUUUUCUGCAGGCAGUAGUUGAAGAAAGACCAUCACAAGCAGGUGACAUUUCUACCCCAAAUGAAGGAGUGUUUGACUCCAGUAGAAAGGGACGGAUUACACCUCUGUAUCUCAACUGGGAAGAGCUCACAUACAGCAAGACUGGAGUUAAAGUGUAUGAGCAUUCUGGAGCCAAACCUUCUCCACGUUCCACCUUUCGGCUCAGACCUGAGGUGGAUACUGGAGCUGGGAUGCAUGAAGGUCUAGACUCAGCAGAGGCUGUUCAGACCUUUGCAGCUACUCUGGUACCUCUUCUUCUGGAAGUGUGGGUUGAGGCCAGUGCUAGUGACAGUCCGUGGAACAACGCUGAGGGCGCUCACCUUCUCACGCCGGAUACCAUGUCAGUAUUGUUCCAGGUGUUGUCAAUUCUGCAGGUGUUGAGAAAACUAGCUCCACAGCAGGAACACCAAGAUGCACUGGAUGCUUGGUUUCACAAAGAGUACUUGGGGGAUUUUGAGCAGCAUUUCAUGAAAAACUUUCCUUAUGGCUCUCAAGACACCCCCAAACACAAAAAGAAGUCUGAUCUCAAAAGGAGUAAACAGACUGCUGCCAUUCCAGCUCCGACUGUGGAACCUCUGGCCUUAAACAUCACACUUUGCCAGGUCAUGGUGUCUCUCAGCCAAAGGCAAGAACUUGGCCACGAGACGGAUGGGGACUGGCUGGCACCACUGAGGACAUUUGUCAGAGACACUCUGGGCAGCGGGGUAAAACUGAGCUACAGGCAGCUGCACAUGUUGCUGGGUACCGUGUGGAAGAUGGUGCUCACGCAUGGGAGCAAAACAGUGACAGAUGAACUGUUGGCUGCAGUCUACGUCUACUAUAAGCAGAAGCACCUGACUCUACAGGCACGAUCUCUGCUGCUGUCUUUCUACAGCAAGCUCUACCUGCAGGAACAAGGACACACACACAUAUCCAGGAGCAAGGUGCUGUGUCGAUGGCUGGCAUCUCUCCCCGUGCAGCUGUCCCAGAUCGGCCACCGCAACCCUGCUCUCUCUGCUCAGCUCAUCCUGUCCAUCCAGGCAGCUGCUUCCCGGGGAAACAAGGAUCUGCUCAACAGUCUGCAGACACAUGCGUGCAAGCUCUAUGAUCCACAGGAAGGAGCUGUGGUGCUGUUACCCUCAGAGACCCAGCAACAAAUGGUACAUCUGCUGUACUUUCUACCCAAGAUGUCUCCGUCUCUCCUGGCCAACCUGAGCUGCUGCUGCACCACUGGGCGGUUCUCUGCUGGCCUUGCUGCCUCUCUGAUUCGCAUCAUACACUUUAGGUCCUCUCUGGGAGGAUGGUCAGUGGGGAACCAGGAAGCCGCUCUGGAGGAUGUGGAGUACAUCAGCUUCCUGUUCUCCACCCUCACAGGCUUCUCGUCCGACAGGCUGACUUCUCUGCAGGAGGUCUGUGACCAGAGAAUCCGGCCUUGCUCCCCUCUGUCACCCCUCAGCCUCUAUCCCACGCCGCUGGAGCAAUUCACACACCACUGGGACAUUGUUGAGGAAGUGUGCCACUGUCUAGAAACCCUAGGUUCAAAGUCUCAGUGCUUUGACAUUCUGCAAAAUGGCAUUAGCAAAUAUCUGACCAGGUUGGGGGUGGUUCCUGACAGUAUGGCAGCAGGGCUGCUCAGAGCGGUGUCCAGAUUAUUGGACCCGUCUGUCCUACCCAUUGAUCCUGUGCUGCGCUUCUUGUCUCAGUGCUGCCUCAGUCUGCUUGCACUGCUCAUCAGCCUUCAACAGGAAGCGCCUGCCGAAACCAAGCAUAAAAGGGAGGCCAUUUGGGGUGCUUGUGUGUCUGCGAUGAGCACUGUUCCUCGCCUGCUGCGUAUGGUUCUGCAGUCGAUGCGCGUUGGAGACCUGAGUGAGGAGGAGCUGCCACAGCUCGGGCAGAUCCUGUCAAUGCUGCUGCAGCACACGCCGCUUCAUAACCAGCUUCUGGCAAAUGCCGCUCUCCUACAGGAGAUCAUACAACAGCUCACGAGGUACUCCAGAGGAGUGACCAGGGAGCAGUGGAUGACCGACCUGCUGUACAGUUACAGCCUCACCGUGGCUCACAGCUCCUCUUCUCACCGUGGAAACCUGGGCCUACGAGACAUGUACUAACCAACACACUCGCCAGACGAGUACCUGGUGUGUUGAUCAGUUCACCUCACAUCUUACUCUCCACUCUGAUGAACAUAACAAACACCCACACAGUUCAAUAGUGCUGAGGACACUUAAAGUGUUAAUGAGUACUCCACAUUCUUGUUUUGAGAAUUUAUCUGGAGAAGACUGUUUCCGGUCUUAAACUGCCCCUUUAUUACUCAGUUCUUAGCAUUGUUACUAUUCCCCACUAUGCCUCACCUGAGUAUUCUUGUUGUUUAAUGUUAUCCAGUGUUUACUGGGAAAGCUGGUGAACUUUUAUUUUAUUUAAAAAAAUGGUGAAAAGAAAAACAAAAUAAAGCUAAAUCAAAGUGCA